UCUCGAUGCAAAUUCGGGAGGUGUGUAUUCAAAACUCCAAAAUAAACGGACAUGCAGUAAAUAUGGAGGCAGUCGCUCGGCUUAGGCGACGACGGGAGCAGGUGCAUGGACUUUUUCGUCGACAACAACGGCGGCGGCGGCCUUGGCACUCCCUUCGCUGACCUUGCGUUCGACAGCCGCGGCAGUCGCUGCCUCGUCUGCGGCGGCAGGCGCUUGCUCGGCCACGUCCGCAGCGGCAGGCUCGACGACUGCGGGCUGCACAUCGGGCGAUACUUCCGUCGAGUCGUCGGCUGCAGCAGUGGCGUCGACAGCGGGGUCUUCGAUGGCUUGCGCAGCGGGCUCGGUGGCGGCGGCAGGCUCAGCAUCGGUCGUGGCCCGUUCUGGCGUCGAGUCCUCGUCGUCGGCAACUACGACGAGGAACGCCGUGACAUGGUCGCGCGGCGCGGCGCGGAGGAUUUCUUGGAAGCGAGCGCUGCGCGUGCGAAUCAACGCUUCCUGGGUGCGCUGGAAGGCCGUAAAGAGACCUGCGCUCGGCAAGGCCGGCAACGGAGUCGACGACCCGUGAUGGAAUACCUUGAAGUCGUUGAAGCGCUUCUUCACGAUGGCAGGGUCGUGGCCAUCGAUGGCCACCGUUUGGAUGUGGUAAUGGACGACGCCUUUGGCAUCGACGCUGUGGCCAACAAUCGAAACAGCGUCGACGUCGGCUGGCGGCGGCGCGUCGGCAUCCAACGGCGCCGCCGUGGCGUCGUUGGUUUCAGCCGCGGCCACGGGGACGGGAGUUUGGGCCGCAACGACAGGUUCAGGCUCGGUGGUCGCAGCCGGGGUCGUGGAGUGCGUGCAGCCCAUGGCGGCGGUCCAAGGCGGUGAAUUCGAAAAUGCCAGGCAAGUCGGUCGCCUCGACCGCCGCCGAUUCGUGCCACUUUC